ACAGCUUGUAAAAAUUAAGGGGUGUGAAAAAGCAAAUGUUAUUUUAUAUCAGAAAUAAAUUGAAAUCCCAGUCAUUUGUGUGCAUUCCCUACAUUAUUUAUAAUAAUUUCUAAAAUAAUCGAAAGAAAAACAUGUCAAAUAUGUUUUAAAUAUUGAUUUGUAUUUUGUGGCGUUUUUGUUUUUUUAGUUUUUCGUCUCCUGGGUGUGGAAACUGUGAGGCAUAAAAGAAACCACAGUAUCAGCGAUACAAAGAUAAUUUGAGUUUCAUCAAAUUUAUUCGAAUCGAGCGAUGGCUGAGGAUGAUUGUGCAAUUAAGAAAAUCACAUCAGACAAUACAUUUUAUCACGACGAAGCUAAAGAAGAGGAAGAAGAUGUGACGGAAAUUCAUUAUGAUGAUGAUGAUGAUAAGACGGGCAUUCAAAGAUCUUACAAUAGUGAAGGUGAUAUUCAAUUAGAAACACCUUUGGAAUCCCAUGGUGUGUCUGUGACAUCAGCUGAUUCCUCAAACGUCAAACCGAAACGCUUAAGUGAUGAAUUUUCAUCACUUGAUGAAGAAAUUGAGGAUAUCGAUGAUGAUGAUGACGAUGAGGAUGAUAGAGCAGCACUAGAUGUAAAAAAUGAAGUCGCAUGUUGUAGUAAAGGAAGUUCUUUGCAAGAGCUUGAUGACAAUUCAGACCCGCCUGAUAUAUGUGAGAAGGCAGAAACUUCAUCAUCGUGUGUUAGCCUUUGUUUUAGUAACAGUAGCAACAACAUGUUUGUGCAAUCACUUGACGAUGCCAUUGAAAGAGCUGAUUUCGAGAAUGAACAAAAGCUCACUGGUGGCAUUAUAAUAAAAGCAUCAUCGUUGACAGAUGCCAAUGAUAGACUGAAAUUCGAUUUGAUUAGUCGAAGAUCUGCUGAAAAUGAUGAGAUUAAUCCAACACCUAGCAGUUCAUCGCAGAUUGGUGAAGUGUCGAUGACGAAAGAAAAAAAUGUUUUAACAUCGACACCAACAAGUAGUCGCUGCAAUGCAAUCAGCGCAAAUGAUUUAAGAAACAAAAGUACAAUUCGUUCAAAACAAAAGUUAUCUGAUAAAUAUUUAAGCGUAAUGAAAACAACUGCCGGAGGAAAAUCAUCUACAAUUGUGAGUGGUGAUGAAUUAACAAAAAAAUCAAGCAAUGAUAAUGAGAAUAGUGUUGAGAUUGAUACAAAGAAUAAUAAAACGACGGCAGAGCAUUCCAAAAAUGUAAAAAUAAAUUUAUUUGAUGAUGAGCCAUCGACAUCGUCAGGACAUCAACAACAACAAUCGCAUCAACAUCAACAGCAUGAGAUUAAAGCGACAAACAAGUCAACAGUUGAUGAAUGUAUAAAAAGUAAUGAUGAUUAUGUUGUUGAGCAAUCACAUGAGCAUCAACAUAUUCAUUUGAGUGAUGAUAUUAUUGAUGAUGAUACGUGGGCGGAUUGUGAAGAAGGCUCAGAUAAUGAAGAAGUGUGCACGUGUCAAAAUUAUUCGGAUGAUGAUUAUGGUGCUUCAAGUAGUAGCAGUGAAGAUGAAUUACCAUCGCGUGAUGUUGAUUUAUCAAGCUACACACAACUCGAUUCAAUAUCUGAUGAUAUUCUUCAAGAGUCCAGCGAUGGAACGCCGAAAAUACAACGAAAACGGAAAUUAACCGAACAAUCAAUUAUUCAACAUUCAUCAACAAAUGAAAGUCCAAUUGCAUUAGGAACAAAUCGUAAACGUCUUGCAUUGGAUACUUUAUCAUCAUCAUCACCAUCAUCAUUAACAAAUCUUGCCACACCAAAAUCAACAUCAAUUCAUCAUGAUAGUAAACGAACGCCACGUUUGAUUCCGACAAAAGAAAAUCCACCACCUGAACUUAUGGAAUGGCUUUUGCAAUUCCAACGAUGGACCAAUGCUGAACGUUUAGUUGCUGUUGAUAAGCUUAUCGAACAAUGUGAGCCGACACAAGUGCGUCAUAUGAUGAAAGUUAUUGAACCACAAUUUCAACGUGAUUUUAUUUCAUUAUUGCCAAAAGAACUUGCACUUCAUGUUCUUUCGUAUUUAGCACCGAAAGACCUUCUACGUGCUGCACAAACUUGUCGUAGUUGGCGAUUUCUUGCUGAUGAUAAUCUUUUAUGGAAAGAGAAAUGUAAGCAAUCGGGAAUAAUAACAAAGUCAUCGCCAUCGUUUAGUGAUAAACCAAAGCGUGGUCGAACUGGAAAUAUGCCGAAAAUUGCUUCAGCAUGGAAAGCUGCCUUUAUGCGUCACAAUACAAUCGAAACAAAUUGGAGAUCAAAUCCUAUUCGUACACCAAAAAUACUCAAUGGACAUGACGAUCAUGUGAUAACAUGUCUUCAAUUUUGUGGCAAUCGUAUUGUAUCGGGAUCAGAUGACAACACAUUAAAAGUUUGGUCAGCGGUGACAGGAAAGUGCCUUCGCACCUUAAUCGGACAUACUGGUGGUGUGUGGUCAUCACAAAUGUCAUCUGAGGGUAAUAUCAUUAUAAGUGGAAGCACCGAUCGUACUCUUAAAGUGUGGGAUGCUGACAGUGGUUUAUGUCGACACACACUCUAUGGACACACGUCGACAGUUCGUUGCAUGCAUCUUUACGGUACGAGAGUUGUGAGUGGAUCACGUGAUGCAACAUUAAGAGUUUGGGACAUAACUGAUGGUGCAUGUCUUCACAUACUUGUUGGUCAUUUAGCAGCUGUUCGUUGUGUUCAAUAUGAUGGGAAGCUUGUGGUUAGCGGUGCUUAUGAUUAUAUGGUAAAAGUUUGGAAUCCGGAGCGACAAGAAUGUUUGCAUACAUUGCAAGGUCAUACAAAUCGUGUUUAUUCAUUACAAUUUGAUGGAGUUCAUGUGGUGUCAGGAUCGUUGGAUACGUCGAUACGUGUGUGGGAUGCUGAAUCAGGUUCAUUGCGACAUACAUUAAUGGGUCAUCAAAGUCUUACAUCGGGAAUGGAAUUAAAAAAUAAUAUUUUGGUCAGUGGCAAUGCUGAUUCGACAGUGAAAGUUUGGGAUAUUUUAACUGGACAAUGUCUGGCGACAUUAGCUGGACGUAACAAACAUCACUCGGCUGUUACAUGUCUUCAAUUCAAUAAUAAAUUUGUAAUUACAAGUUCUGAUGAUGGAACUGUGAAAUUGUGGGAUGUAAAGACGGGUGAAUUUAUAAGAAAUCUCGUUGCACUUGAUUCAGGUGGUUCUGGUGGUGUUGUGUGGAGAAUUCGAGCAAAUGAUACAAAACUCAUCUGUGCUGUUGGCUCACGAAAUGGAACAGAAGAAACAAAAUUGAUGGUUCUUGAUUUUGAUGUUGAAGGUGCAUGCUCAAAAUGCUCAUAAAUCAAGAAAGGAAAAAAUGAGAAAAAAGAUUAAUUAAACUACGUUUGUGGAAGAAUUCAAUAGAAAUAAUUUAGAAACUAUCGUGGAAAUUAUCAACAUUUUGAUGUUAAGUUUUUUUUUAUUAAUUUUCUUUUAAACGUACGAAUGAACGUGAAUGACUAAGGAAGAGACGCUGAAGUUGUUAACGAGCAAUCAGUUAAUCAAAUCAAAUUCUUUUUUCUCACUUUCAUCGUUAACCCAAGUUUCUUAUUUUUAAAUUAGUUUCAAAAUCUUUUAUUUUAUGUCUCGAGUAAUCUUUUUUUGUUAAAUACUUUUUUACUUUCAUUAUUUAGUUUA